UGCCUGGUCGGGGAAGGCUACACCAACCUGCCCAGCUCCCCCGAGCUCUUCUGCAUCUUCAACCACAACGAGGACGCCUGCCGCUAUGGCAUCGGCAUUGGCAUUCUCGCCUUCCUCGCCUGCAUCUUCUUCUUCAUAGUGGACAUCUACUUCCCCCAGAUCAGCAACACUACCGAUCGCAAAUACCUGGUCUUGGCAGACCUCAGCUUCUCAGGUCUCUGGACGUUCCUGUGGUUCGUUGGCUUUUGUUUCUUGACCAACCAGUGGGCCUGGACGCGGGCUGAGGACGUGCAUGUUGGGGCUGAUUCGGCCCGUGCUGCCAUCACCUUCAGCUUCUUCUCCAUCUUCUCCUGGGGCCUCCUGAUUGCCUUUGCUUACAAGAGGUACAAGAUGGGGGUGGAAGACUUUGCUCACAGCUAUGUCGACCCCACCCCAGAGGUUUCAACUCCCUACUCCAGCUACCCCAACAUCAGCCAUGACAGCUACCAGCAGCCGCCCUUCACCCACACAGCAGAAGCUCCGGAGGGUUACCAGCCCCCACCGGUGUACUGA